AUGAAACGCAAGUCUUUAUUAUUAGAAGCUGAUAUUAUUCAAUAAAUUAAAAGUGCAUUUAAUCUCAAUUAAGUUGAAAUUAAUGAACUUAUGACUUAAGCUAAACGCUAUGAUCCUAAAGGUACUGGAUAUGUAAGCAAAACAGAAGUUGAUGAUAUUAUGAGAGGCAUUUUAACAUAUUUUAUCAUUUAGAUCUUAAAUUACUUGAUAAUGAAAAACUUAUUGCUAAAUUUAAGGAAGAACUUAAACAAUAAGAUGCUAAAAUGUUAGAUUUAAAAUAAAUAUGUGAUAUUUAUUGUAAACUUAAAAACUACUAAUAAUAAUUGAAUGAUGAAGAAACAAUUACAUAAGAAUAUAGUAUUGUUAUAUAAAUUAUAUCAUUUUAGUUGAUGCAUUUGUAGCCUUAGGAGGUAAUCCUGAUAGAACAGGUGUUGUUUAAAAAUAAAUGAUUUUUGAUAUUGUUUAAAGUGAAUUUGAACUUAAAAUUGAUUUGGAUUCAUUUCUUGGAGAUUUUCAAGGUAAUUAAUUAGAAUUUGAAGAUUUUUGUUAAUUAUUUGAGAAUGCUGGUGAAGAUGCUAAAUCUUUCAUUACUGUAUAAUUUUAUUAAAAAUUUAGAGCUUUUCAUAAGCAAAAAGAAAUAAUAACAAUGAUUUUACAGUAAGAUUUAAAGACUUUGAAAAAUGGGAAAAGACUGCUAUGUGA